CGUAUUUUGUACACGCCUCCGAUGAAGCAGUGUAGACGGUUUCAUAACAAACAUGCCAUUUUUUUUUAAAGGAUUUCUUUCUAAAUCAAGUGUCAAGUCAAUGUGUUUUACAUAGGUUGUGUUAGAUUAACUUCGUGAAAUACAGUACCGCACUGUCUGGAAGUCAAGCACAAAGGCGGCUGGCAGCAGGAACAGAUGCAGCAACACCAGAUCUUGACUUUGAUAACAACGUUGUAUAAACGACUCCGGUAGCGUAUUGUGUAAGAUCCAUGACAACAGUCCCUAUGUGGUCGAGACUGACAUAUCUGCUGAUCACUAAUAACUUAUACAAAGUCUGUGUGUGUUUCAGUUUGUAGAGGAUCUGAUACAGUAAUACUGGGUGGAGCUAUGGGCAUGCUGGACUUCUGCAAGGCAGGAGGAUACCCUGUCUAUAUCCUGUGCAUAUUGCUGAUUACUUAUUUACUGAACCAGCUGGAUCGCUACAUACUGGCCAUCGUUAUCUUACCUCUGGCACAGGAGAUUCAUUUUGGGGACAAGAGCUGCCUGCCAAACGAAACCAGCCAGCCUGGUCCAUUGCAAUGCAAUAAUGCCAGUGAUGAGAAACACUGCAAAUCCUUGCUGAAUGCAGACAGCAUUCCUUACUGCAAAUGGGACUAUAAUGGCAAUGGGUGGGAGUACCAGAUAAUGGCUGGACCUAUUUUCAUUCUCAUCUACACCUUUAUGGGGAUUUUUAUUGGAUUCCUCGCUGAUGCUGCCAACCGUAAGAACCUCCUUGCCGUUAGCCUGUUCUUCUGGAGUCUGAUGACGUUCCUGAUGGGUUUUGCCCAGGAAUACUGGCACCUCGUGCUGCUACGCUUUGGUCAAGGCAUUGGGGAAGCAGGCUGCACCCCUUUUGCUGCCAGCCUCAUUGCUGACUAUUUCCCUGAAGCUGCAAGGGGAUCGGCAAUGGGGUUUUACAACUGGGGGAUCUACACAGGGUACAGCCUGUCCUUCGCAGUGGGGAACUACAUAACCAGGGCAAACAUCAUGGGGCUGGGUUGGCGGUGGACCUUUUUCAUCUGCGGGAUCCCAGGGUUUCUAGUGAGUCUCGUAGUGCUCAUCACAGUGAAAGAGCCCCAGCGCACCCAAGGGACAGGUGAAAGAGCGCACAAUGCAAACACCCCUUCCAGCCUGUCACUGUCACAGAGACUGUCACGAAUACUGCAGCCCUUCCUCAGCCCCUCCUUGCUGCUGCUUUGCUUGGCUGGCUCCAUCAGAAACGCAGGUGGCUAUGUUUGGGCCUACAAUGCCCAGAUCUAUUUUAGCCAGUACUUUCCUGUAGAGGAUGUGGGGCGCUGGUUGUCAUGGAUACCAUUAGUUGGAGGGAGUUUUGGUGUCCUGUUUGGUGGGUUCAUUUCUGACAGAGUGGUCAAGAAAAGGGGGCUACCAGCAAGGAUCUGGGUUUUAGUUAUAAGUCAGAUUGUGGCAGCUCCCUUCCUGGUGGGGGUGCUGUGGCUGUCACCCCCAUACGCUUUUCUUCUGCUCAUUCCUGCCAAUAUAAUUGGUGAGAUGUGGGUUGGUGUCACAUUAGCCAUUGUGGUGGAACUCGUUCCUCCAGUGAUCCGCACAUCUGCUGUAGCUUUCUACCUCUUCAUCAUCACCAACAUUGGGGGGAACAUGCCCUUACUGGUCCCUCCGCUCACCAGCCUCUACGGUCUGCGUACAGCGCUGCUCAUUCUCUUUCCUGGAAUGUAUGUUGCCGGGUCUCUCCUGUUCCUGCUCACACUCUGUGUGGCUCGCAGAGACCAGCGGAAGAUCACCUCAGCGGAGACUGAACCUCUCCUUCCAGAAUCGGAUGAGGUUUCGCAAGAGGAGCACCAGAAAAGUACAUGAACUGUGUCUGAUCUGCUGUUAGACCACGCUACUGUUCCACUUACUGUAAACUGUGAGCAGGUAGCUACAUACAUAACCUCUUGAUUCAAAUUCACCAUGCAAAACUCCCUACCUGUACUAGCAGCAGUGGUUUGAUUAGUCAAUUAUAUAAAUUCCAAGUACUUAUUUUAUAAAUUAACUAACUAAUAGAUAAAUGCUUUAGGGUUUACGUGCUGUACAGUAGUUAGUCAUGUUCACUGAUCUAUGCAUACAUACUGUAGGUACAUGCAUACUAUACAUGUAUACAUACAGCAACUAUAAGAAUAUUCUGUGGGAUACUGUAGUACAGUAUCUAGAGGGACUUCGUAGCACACCAUAUAAUUCUAUAAAAGGAAAAAUGUCCUUGUGGCAGGGCUGAGGCAUGCUCCUCUAAAUGAAUGUUUUUUGGGUGGUUUUAAUUUGUAAUUAAAAAAGGUACCCUAGCAACAGCCACCAACCACUGCAAGUGCCUGUGUGUAAAUGAGUAAAACCUGGUCGCCUGAGCUACGUUUUCAACAUCAAACCCUCUGUGUCUCUCAGCGGAUACCCACACAGUAACAGUACACCCCUGUGACAAUCCUCAUUGCACCAUCGACUGUCCCCAAAUGACAGUCCUCACAAAGCAGAACAUGCUUCCACAUUUAAUUUCAUCUCCGUAACUGUGUAUACCCAAGAUAGUUGUUUUGUAUUGCAAAGUUUGUCCUUAUCAUUUUAACAUCGGUACCAAGUAUGAUGCUUGCAGUUUUACCUACUGAAGAGUAUUGCAAACUGCUGAGUGUCCCGAGGGAAUCCCACAGCUGCACUGAAGCAAAGGUCUCUUAGUUUCCUAUGCUUUGACCCUAUGCACACUUUCAUCAAAGAGAUUUUGUGCCCCAGCUAAAGACGCCGGGGAUACAGCAGAUAUAAUGCUAAAUCCAUGAAACCACCAGUGACAGAUUCCUAUAAGCAACAGUAUCUCUCAGAACAGACUGAAAGGAGUGCAAAGUCAUUUUAUUUAAUGCAGAGCUUUGCGUUUAAUUCAGUGUCGACUGCAAGCCAGUACUGUAGCUCAGCAAGCAGCUUAGAAGUUAAGCCUCAUAGUGAUUAUCAAGGGCUGCUGUUGGGAAGCAGGUUUACAGCGAGUGAGGAGCAGUGUGUGCAAUACUGCCCUAAACUAAUUCCAGUUCAGUGAAACCUCACUAGCAAGCACCUUGUUAUUACAAAUUGAAUCAAUACACUCUCAAAAUGCCUGUUUUACAGUACUUCUUUUUAUACAAGUGAUGGAUAAGGAAAACUAUUCCUAAGACAUUUAAUACUGGUUAAACCAAUUUUUGC